CUCUCUCUCUCUCUCUCUCUCUCUCUCACUCUCUCUCUCUCUCUCUCUCUCUCUCUUCCCUUUUUCCUCUAUCUACAGUAUAAUAUUAUACUAAUAUCAGGUUUCCAGUAGUUUCUAAUCUAUUUUUAUCCUCUUGGGUGGCCUGUACAUCUCUCUCUUCCUUUCACUUUCCCUCUUUCUCUGCAAGGACAAUCAACCGUGGUACCCACUUUGGUGUAAUAGUCCAUGCCUCAUUGCAUUAGUGCAUUACACUCUGUACUCUGUAUGUCUCUCAUGUUAAUAGUCUCCUCUUGUUGGUUGGCCACGAGACCAUUUUGAAAAUUCCAUCACUGAUGCUCGUUUUCACUAGCAAUUCCCCGAGCCUCAUCCCCCUAUCCGGUGGUGUUGCUAUAGUCACCAGCCCGUGCAGCUGCCUUCCAUGGCACAUUGGCUCUGGUCCACCUAGCCUUGUCUCCUGGUGUAUAUACCUUGGAGAGGAGGAAGUUGGACACAGUGCCUGUGGGUGAAUGCAUAGUAGGCAGGUUUAGUAUUCGUAGCACUAAGCUCUAUGCAGACAACUAUGUUACUAUAGGAGACUCUGCAUGUCUCUAUCAUUGUGUUGUCAGUCUUUCAGCAAAUAUACGCCCACUUUCACCGAGAUUCACAAGCGUGCCUGCAGUGGGCUAUAGGUAACUAACACCAGCUACAUAAUUUUAUUAGACCGUGUAGACUAUAUACUGUAGUAAUAGAGUCGUUUGUCACGAGGCAAAGGGCCAUCUAUUCUACGUAAUUCCCUGCAUGCCUGUUUACUGCCCUUAAUACUGAAACCAAUAUUCACAGCAGUUGUGGCACAUAUUGACGCACCCCAUAGGCUGCAUUAGUGGAGUGAGUAAUUGGGCAUUAGUAGCCAGCUAACUAUCUCACAGGUCCCUGUAUUGUGGUGGAGAGUAUCACAUUUCCUGCUGCUAAUUGUGGAGGUGUUUGCCACUUUCAAUCCAUCAAACAACAACAACAGUUGGUGCCUCAGAGGUGCUCUGUUACUGGGUCGUGUUUCAUGCUGUCUGCUCCCUCUCACCUCCCUCCCUGUCUCUCUCUCUCUCUCUCUCUCUCUCUUUCCAAUCAUUUUCCUUCAUCCUCCCUCCCUCCUUCCCUCCCUCUCCAUCUUCUCCCUCCUCUCUCUUCCCUCCAAUCACAGCUAUACCAUGUCAAAGUCAACGGCACUCAUCUUCAUACUCGCCUUUGCCAUACUCUUCAGACUGGAGCGUCCGAGACUAAGUCAGGUCGGUGUGGUGGUGCUCAUUGUAACAGGUCUCUUCAUGUUCACGUUCCAGUCCACCACCUUUGACCUGGAGGGAUUCAUUCUGGUCUUAUUAGCCUCAGUCAUCACCGGAGUGCGAUGGACCACAGCCCAGCUAGCCAUUCAGAAAGAGGAACUAGGUCUGUCAAAUCCAGUUGACACCGUGUUUCAUCUUCAACCGGUCAUGAUCCUCACUCUCCUACCACUGGCCAUACUUGUUGAUGGGGUCCACAUAGGAACUUCUGAGGUAGUCUUCAGAGCCAGUUCAUUUCAGGAGCUCCUCUGGACCUCCGUCAUCAUCCUCACGGCCUCCGUCGUGGCAUUUGGUCUCGGGACCUCGGAUAUCUCCUGGUCUACCACACCUCCGGACUUACCCUCUCCGUUGCCGGGGUACUAAAGGAGGUGAUAAUCCUGACCGUCUCCACGGUGUACUGGGAGGAAGACACCUUAUCUCCUGUCAACAUUCUGGGAAUGGUGGUGUGUGUGGGUGGCAUAACUCUCCACGUCUUCUUCAAGAUACUCAGAGCUAGAGAAGAAGAGAAGAAGAAGAAGGUAAUGUCCAGAGGAGAAGCAGCGGUACAGCUGCUGCCAGUCUCCCGCAGUAACCACAAGUUCUCUCGUGAGGACAGUGAGAGUGGAGACAGCGUCAGUGUCUACGAGUCAAGAAACCUAUAGCAAAAAUCACCCCCUCCUCUUCCUUACUCCCAAUGAUACUCUCUUCUACCAUUCCGUCCUUCAUUUCACCAUUUUUGGUCACUCAAUUCAAUUGCAUCCAUGAUGAAGGUCAACAAUGGUUUUAGUGAUCAAAC